GGUGUGGCUGAAAGUGCGUGGGCGUUUGAUGGGUUGAUUAAUAAUAGGUGUGGCACUUAAUAACUAGGAAUAAAAUGGCAGAUACUCAUGUGGUAGCUGAAAAUGGAGAAGGUCAAGUAGAAGACAAGAUAAAAGAGACUAAGAACCAGAAGAAGAAAAAAAGGAGAAAGAGAAGGCAAAUUCAGAAAAGAAUUGAAGCACACAGAGCUUCGAAUGAAACCACCGAAGAUAAUGCUGACUCAGCAGAACCAGACGUAGAAAUAGAGUAUGUUCCGGAACCAGGGAUAAAGCCGACUGAUCCAAAUUUUUAUCAAUUUAAUAAAGUUUUUGAAGCUUUUAAACUUAGCGACAGUGAUCAGGGAGAUAAAGGUCAAAGUUCAUCUCACUCCUCUUCCAGAGGCAUUCUGGGCAUUAAGAAAGGUGUUCUCCUUGGUGAUGAUUCUGAUGAUGAAGACACUAAGAAGAAGUCAGAUGAGCCCCAACUCUCUAAAAAGAAACUCCGGCGAUUGAGUCGAAUGAGUGUUGCUCAACUGAAGCAGCUGGUGGAACGACCCGACCUUGUUGAAAUGCACGAUGUCUCCGCCCACGACCCGCACCUCCUGAUAUACUUGAAGUCUGCUCGUAAUACGGUACAAGUACCUCGUCACUGGUGCUUUAAGAGGAAGUAUCUCCAGGGGAAGAGAGGUAUAGAGAAACCUCCUUUUAGUCUGCCGGAGUUCAUCAAGGCAACUGGUAUCAUGGAGAUGAGGUCGGCUUUGGAGGACAAAGAGGAAGCAAAGAGUUUGAAGCAGCGGACGAGGGAAAGAGUUAGACCGAAACUCGGGAAACUGACGAUCGAUUAUCAAAAACUUCACGACGCUUUCUUUAAAUGGCAGACCAAACCUAAAAUGACUAUCCACGGUGACCUUUAUUAUGAGGGUAAGGAAUUUGAGACGAGACUGAGAGAUCGUAAGCCAGGAGACCUCAGUGACGACCUGAGAAUAGCACUGGGAAUGCCAAUUGGAACAGGUAAGCAAAAGUUCCCUCCCCCUUGGUUAAUAGCCAUGCAGCGUUACGGUCCGCCUCCAUCUUAUCCUAAUCUAAAGAUUGCUGGACUUAAUGCACCCAUACCAGAAGGAUGUUCAUUUGGGUAUUUUGUUGGUGGGUGGGGAAAGCCCCCAGUCGAUGAAAUGGGUCGGCCUCUUUAUGGAGACGUAUUUGGAAUGCAUAGAGAGGGACCCAGCAUUGGGGAGGAAGAGGAAAUAGACCCAACACUUUGGGGGGAACUUGAAUCAUCAUCGGAAGAAGAGGAGGAGGAGGAGGAGGAGGAUGAGUCUGAUGAAGAGAAGAAAGGAGCUGACGAGAUACAGCCGGGAAUGAUCACGCCAAUGGAAGGUUUGGUAACUCCAAGUGGUCUUACAUCAAUACCAGCUGGUAUGGAGACACCGGAAAUGAUCCAGCUGAGGAAGAAAAAGAUAGAAGAGGCCAUGGAACAAGGCGGUGACACUCCUGCUUUAUAUACUGUACUGCCUGAGAAGGUCUCUUCAGUGGGUGGGGCAAUGAUGGGAUCAUCACAUGUGUACGACAUGGCAGCUGGUGUGCCUGGAAAUGUCACAUUAAGAAAGAGUGCUGGAUAUACUGAAGGAAUUGAAAUAUCUCUAGAACCAAGUGAACUUGAACUGGAUUCGUCAGCAAUGACUCAAAAGUAUGAACAGGUAAAGGAUAAAGUUCUUCAGAAGGAGGAUCUUAGCGACAUGGUAGCUGAGCACGCUGCUAGACAAAAGCACAAGAGGAAGAAGGCUGAAGUGCCUGCUGCAGCUAAAUCAACAAAGAAACUCAAAGAAUUCAAAUUCUAAUGCUUUGCUUGUCUGGACACUUUCUAUGUUCAAAUACUCUUUCCCUUGUAGCUGUACUGGUUUAUCAUGAAGUAAUUGUGAAUGUAAAAA